AUGGGCUCUCUUGCACCGCCUCCCCAUCCUCCGCAAUUCCUUGUUAUCGGCGCAGGAUCUCGGGGUCAUGCAUAUGCCCGCGCUGUCGAAGCCUCCACAUCUGGGUCCAUCGCCGCCAUAGCAGAGAUCAACCCCUUCAAACGGCAAGAGUUUGGCAAGCGAUACAUAUGGGGCAGUGAAGGACAACCCCAGGAGCAUCAGUCUUUUCCGGGCUGGCAAGAAUGGGUCGAGUGGGAGACGCGGCGGAGGAACAGCGCGGACAAGGCUGGAGAUAUCCAGCCUGGCUAUAUCCCCAUUACAGGCGUCUUCAUCUGCACCCUUGACGAAACCCAUGCUCCGAUCAUCCGGGCAAUCGCGCCUCUCAACCUCCAUAUUCUCUGCGAGAAACCUAUGGCCCUCUCGUUGUCCGAUUGCCUAUCCAUAUCAGCGGCCCUUUCAAGAUAUCCUCCCAAGGUGGUCUCCAUCGGACACGUGCUGCGAUAUUCGCCACACAAUAUCCUGCUACGCAGACUGUUGACCAUCGAUAAGGCUAUUGGUGAGAUCGUUUCCAUCGAGCAUACCGAACCCGUGGGGUGGUGGCACUUUGCCCAUUCCUAUGUCCGCGGAAAUUGGCGGCGAACAACGCCCGAGGGCGUCGGUUCAUUGUUGACCAAGUCCUGCCACGAUAUUGAUUUUAUUCUCUGGUUGCUUUGCUCUCCCAGUCCUCUCACGGGAGAGACUCCACAUCUGCCAUCGACGGUCUCAAGUACUGGAGCCAUCACACAUUUCAGGCCGGCCAGAAAGCCGAAACUCGCAGGUCCUGCCACUACGAAUUGUCUUUCAUGUCCCGCGGAGCCAGAAUGUAUAUACUCGGCGAAGAAGAUCUACCGCGACCGGUGGCUACGAAAGGAGCGAGAUACCGGCUGGCCGUUGAAGAUAGUCGUCCCUGAAAUCGAGGAUAUUGUCUCGUGCAAGGGCUGGGAUGCCGCUGAAGCGAGACUCACGCAGAAGCUCGGCGAAGACUACGAUAGAGGCAUAACGCCGGAUGAAACGAUUGCCAGUAGGGCAUGGUACGGACGAUGUGUGUACGAAGCCGACAACGACGUGGUCGACGACCAGACUGUCACCAUGGAAUGGGACGAGGACCCUGUCGCCGGGCAAGAUUUGGGUCGUGGGCCGAAAAGAGCGCUUUUCCACAUGACUUAUCCGACGCAAUCACAAUGUGAACGCCGAGGCAGGAUAUAUGGUUCGCUGGGCGAAAUCACUUACGAUUCGCACACCAUUACCGUGCACACUUUCGCGACCGGCGAGACGAUAGUACAUAAUGUCCCGAAGCAAGCUCCAGAGGUCGAGAAAAGCCACGGCGGUGGUGACUGGGGUCUUGCUGGUGCUUUCGUCCGCGCCGUACAACAUGUUGACGAAGGGACGAUGAGCGUUGCGCAGGCGCAACGCGACAUCGUGGGCUGUGAUCUGGCCGAAAUCAUACUGAGUCAUGCAGUGGUAUUUGCCGCCGAGGAGGCGCGAAGGGGAAGGAAGGUCGUCCACUGGGCUGAGUGGUGGGCAAAGAACGGACAGGUGACAGAUCAAGUCACUCUGUAA